AAGAUUUCAUAUUAAAUUUAUUAUUUUUAUAUUCAUCCUUUCAUGACAACUGCUCACAGACCUACGUGGGACCCUGUCAAGGGAGGUGGGACUGCAAGAGAUAAGGGUACUACUUUACAGUAUAGUAGUAGAGAUUUACCUUCUCAUAAGACCUUGAAGCAUAGGCAACCUGGGCAGGGUCGGUCAGAAGAUUUAAUUGGCCAGGAUCUAAAAGCUAAUUUAGAAGAAAGGGAGAAAAGGACAAAGAAAAAAGGAAAGCUUACAAACGAAGAAUUUUUUGGGCCUGAAGGGCACUCAAAGCAGCCGACCCUUAUCUUUGAUCCUAUUACACUACAAGUUGAUGCGGAUGAUGAAGAUAUUGAUACUGACGAAAACGAAACGGAGGAGGAAGAUGAUACGGAAGAAUUGUUGAGACAGUUAGAAGCAAUAAAAAAAGAAAAAGAAAGUGAAAAACAAAAAAAAAUUGCUGAAGAGCAAAGAGAACAAGAAAAAAUAAGAAGAGAAGAAUUUCUACUAGGAAAUCCAUUGUUAAAUCAAUCGGAUGAUUAUUCUUUGAAGCGAAAAUGGACGGAUGAUACAGUUUUUAAAAACUGUGCAAAAGGAAUCUCUGAUAAAGUGGAAAAACGUUUUAUUAACGACACCAUCCGCAGUGACUUUCAUAAAAAAUUUAUGAAAAAAUACGUGAAGUAAUCCAGCU